AUGCCCAUCCCAAUUGUAGUACAGGUUUUCACAGAGGGAUUCUCAUCAGUCCCAUAUUCAUGGACAGUCCUGCGUACAACACCAUGGAUCCUCCUAAUCGCCGCGCUGAAAUACUACUUCGGCGGAGCUCGCAGCAGCGCUGAAAGACUAUGGCAUUCUAAAGUAGUGAUGAUAACGGGUGGAACAUCUGGAAUUGGAGCCUCAGUCGUCCAAGAACUCGCCGCCCGCGGAGCUCAAAUAGUCCUCCUGACCAAACAACCUCCCUCAGACGCUUUCUUAGUUGAAUACAUCGACGACCUCCGCACUUCAACUAAAAACAAUAAUAUCUGGGCUGAGCAAGUAGAUCUUGCCUCGCUCCACUCCAUCCGCACAUUCGCUACAAAAUGGAUCGAUAAUGCGCCACCGCGCCGCAUAGACGCCGUCAUUCUAUGUGGAGCAACAGCCGUCCCAUCCGGCGCACACAAGAAUACCCCAGACGGCAUAGAUGAAGAGUGGCAGAUAAACUACCUGGCGAAUUUCCACCUCCUAAGUAUCCUAAGUCCCGCGCUCCGCGUCCAGCCCGCCCACCGAGACGUACGCGUGAUCUUCGCCACUUGCGCAAGCUACAUCGGCGCGAAAUUCGAAUUGGAAAGCGUGAAGCGGAUUCCUGCCGGAGCAGCUGGAACUUCCCUGAAAGCUGGUGCUACGAACAAGAAGGGAAUCUACGGAUUGAGCAAAUUUGCUCUUAUGGCAUUCGCCCAUUCAUUUCAGCGCCAUUUGAACGAGUAUAAGCGGCCCGAUGGUCUUCCUAGCUGUACGCGGGUUGUUGUUGUUGAUCCGGGUCUUUCGCGUACACCUGGUACUAGGCGCUGGCUUACUGGUGGGUCGCUGUGGGGACUACUUUUGUAUCUUAUUACUUGGCCGCUGUGGUGGUUGAUUUUGAAGUCGCCUAGUCAGGGUGCGCAGAGUAUUCUCACUGCGGCUAUGGAUGAGGAUUAUGGCCGUGGUGAAGGUGGAUGGCUUGUUAAGGAGUGUCGGCAGAUGGACUAUGCGCGGGUUGAUAUCAAGGAUGAGGAUGUCGGGAAGAGACUGUGGGAGUUUAGUGAGAAGCAGAUUGAGGAGGCAGAGAAGGAGGGUGCUGUUAAGAGGGCUUUGGAAAAAAAAGAAAAGGAGGUUGAGGAGGAAAAGAAAACUCGCAAGGAGACUGCUUCUGAGAAGGCGCAGAGUGCUGGGUCGAGGCGGCAGCGCAAGAACAAAGCCUGA